AUGGAGUGUAAAGAAGGCAUUCAGAGGGAUAUAUUUUCGACAGAACGUAUGAUUUCCAAAACAUUUAUAUUUUCUGAACCACAUGUACUUAGUCCUCCUAGACCUGUUAACCCUGGGAUUGAUUUUGAACAAAUAUCAGAUGCAGCCAAUAUUAGGAGAAAUUCAUUUACCUUUGCUAUGCCAAUUUUAGCAACGCAAUCUCAUAAUCAAGAUAUAUCCACUCUUCAAUCGGAUAUAUAUGAAAAGCAAUAUAAGCCGAAAAUAUCAAGAAAUUAUUACAAACCAGCUGUUAAUGUAUUUGCUCAAGCACUUAAAGAUACUGCAAUGUUUGAGCAGUUAAAAAGAAAUUCCAGGUCACAAGUUACUAAAAUUAAUCCAGAAAAUUCAAUAACAUGCACAAAUGUACCUCAAUCAUUACUUACAAAAGCAACAGCAAAACGAUAUUUUAUUCAAUUUGGGAAUCUUUUAAAAAUUACUAUUCGUCCCAGAAAACAAAUAAUUACUGUUAUUUAUACUACUAAGGAAGAAGCAAAUAUAGCUUAUAGUAAAAGUGGUGAAUAUUUAGGAGAAAAAUUUAAUGUAGAAUGGACAAAAUUAUCCAUUCCACCAAAAUCUCCUACAAAAAAGAAAGAUUUACAAAAAAACAAGAUUUACAAUGUAUCACAAAUUGUAUCUAAUUUUUUUAAAUCAUCUGACGAUGAAAUUAAAUCAGAGUUAGAUGCUAUGACAAAUCUUGAGCAUAAUUUACAUAGUAGAAAUAAUUUUGAUGAGACUUUGGCUAAAAGACAUAAAAUAUUACAGUCGAAAAGUAUGUCAAAGUCAUUUACAAGAUUAGAGAAAACAUCUGCAAAAGCUGAAAAACUUAAAGCUGAAAGUCAAAUAUCUGAUUUAUUACCAAAUGCUAGUAUCGAAGAAUUACAAAAUAUAAUUCAACAACCUGCAUAUACAUCUGAAGACAAGUAUAAGGUAUUAGAAGCAAGAGAUCGACUUAUAAGGAUGAGACAAAUUAAAUCACAUACAUUAGCAGCAGCUAAAAUAAUGAUUGGAACAUGUCCUGAUAUGUGUCCUGAAAAAGAACGUUUAAUGCGUGAGUCAAAAAGACAAGUGGCAUUGUAUGAACAGCUUGAAAUCAAUGAAUAUAGAAUAAAUCACAUGGUUGCAGUUAAACAAUAUUCUAGAUCUUCUGCAGAUCAAGAAGAACCAAUGGCACAUGAAUUGAGACCAGUAAAAUCUUUAAAAAUGACUAUGAGUUAUUUACUUCACGAGAUAGUAAAUCUUUGUGACCAACAGGGUACAAACUUGGGAGAAUGGUAUCAUUUUUUAUGGGAUAGAACAAGAGGAAUUCGGAAAGAUAUAACACAGCAAGAGCUAUGUUGUAUUGAUAGUGUAGAAUUAGUUGAACAAUGUGCUAGGUUUCAUAUAGUAUGUUCAGAGAGACUUUGUGCAGAACAACCAUCUGUUUUUGAUAAAAAAAUUAAUUCUGACAAUUUAACAAAAUGCUUACAGUCAUUAAAGUACAUGUAUCAUGAUUUAAGAGUAAAAGAAAUUAGCUGUAAAAAUGAACCUGAAUUUCGUGCAUAUAUUAUUUUAUUGAAUUUAAACAAUGGGAAUUUUAUGUGGGAUUUGCAAAGACUACCAAACAACAUACAAAAAUCAUCAGAAGUCCAGUUUGCAUUAGAUACAUAUUCUGCUCUUGAGUCUAAUAAUUAUUAUAAAUUCUUUAAACUUGUUCAGGAAACUACAUAUUUAAAUGCGUGCAUCUUACUCAGAUAUUUUUAUCAAGUGAGAUUAAAAGCAUUAUCAGUAUUAGUCAAGGCUUAUUGCAGGACUGCGUCGACAGCAUAUCCAUUAUAUGAAUUAAUAGAUACUUUAGGUUUUGAGGAUGAAAAUGAAGCUAUAUAUUUUUGUGAACAAGUGGGAUUAAAUGUUUCAGAAGAUGGCUUACAUGUAUUAUUGAACAGACAUAACUUUACCAUGCCUGUAUUACAUAUAAAACAAAAAAGAGCAUGCAAUUUAAUAGACUCUAAAAGAAUUAUGCAACGUUUAUCUAUCGGAGAAUGUAUAGCAGGAGGAAAAAUGCCAGAAAAAGUUUAUAAGUAUCAUAAACCUCACAAUAGUUUUGAUUCACAUGGUUACUUAAUGCCUGAUUCUAUUAAUGCAGAAGAUCAAAAUAAAAGUAUUGUUUCUUCAUCAACUGAUCCAUAUGAGUUUAUAGAUGAAGAUAUAAUGCACAAUGAGCAAUCCAUAUCAAUGUCUGAGAAAAGUCAAAAUAAUAAUGAAAAUGUGCUUACUACUGAACACACAAUUACAUUAAAGACUGUUUCAACCACUGAAGCUAAUACAAAUCUUUUAGCCAUGAAAUCCAGUGCUAAUACCUCCUGUGUCUCUAAAUCUCAGACACAAAUAAAUAAAUUUCAAAUAAAUACAAAUUCAGAAUUAAUAACAUCAAAGAUAGGAAAUCAGAAAGAUUCAAGGAUAUUUAGUUUUGUAUCAGCACAACAAUCAAAUGAAUCUUCCAUUUUGUCUAAUGUAUCGAAUGUAACACCAACAACUUCUAAAACUUCUAAUUUAUUCUCCAAGCAAUUUGAACCUCCAUCAGACAAUGAUAUUGCAAGAGUAACAAAUAAAAGCAUAUUUUCAAGGAUGUCACAAGGAAAUAUAUAUAUGAAAAAUCCUACAUCUUCCACAGUAUUUUCUAGUACAUACUCGAAUGUACAAACUAUUUCAAAAUCAUCAAACAUUGUAAAUCCUGUAACUCUCAUGGGUAAAACUAUACCAAAUGAAACGUCAAAUUUCUUUGUAAAAAGUCAAGUUCCACAAGAAGAGAAAACUGGAAAGUUAAAAUUAGAAGAACAAGAAUUUAUUAAAAGGAUGCAAGAGAUUAAUGAUAUUGCAAAAGACAUAUUAAACACUUUAGAAACAGAACUAGUACAAGCACAUUGUUCUGCUAUAGUAAAGGAAGAAACAGAUAAGAUAUAUAUUUACAACACUUUUAGCGAGGAUAUCAGUAAUGAAAUUUUUAACGAGGUAACUUCUGAAAUUUGUGAUAAUUUAUUACAGAAGGAAAUUGUUAAUGCACGAAAAUUACAUGAAAUAUCAGUGAAAAUAAAAAAUAGAGUAAUUGUAAAAUAUUUCAAUAAAUGGAGAUUUAAUGCAUUGAAGAAAAAACAACAAAGAACAGCAUUAGAAAAUACACCUGUAUGGUUGCAAAAACAUACUAGCGAACAAUGUGCAAAAUUAUUGUACACUACGGAACAAGAUUUAGUUAUUAGAAGCAUGUGCAAAAAGUACAAAGAGAUAAGAGAUAUUAAAUAUUAUUCUGAAUCUUUAGCACCAAUUACUGUUAUAAUCCACAUUGGUAUUAAAGAACACUUGAAAUCUUUAAACAUUGACAUACAUUUCAAUUGUUAUUGGAAAUUAAUUAUUUCUUGGCCAAACUUACAUAACAAAACAAUUUUAUGGCAUUAUAAAAAAAUAAUGAAUCAGUAUCUUUGCCCUGAGGAUUAUUCUGCAGAUCCUAUUAUAAAAUUGUAUCAACCAAAUCAAAGUGAAACAUUACAUAUUUGUAUUAGACAUUUUGAAGGCCUGAUUAGUAAUCAUCAUUUAAUAGGAUCAGAUGCUCUUUUAUUUACAGCAGAUGCUUCUGAAGAAAUUAAAUUUAUUGUAAAACGUUUAACAAAAAUUGUGUUAUCCAGAGACAGGCUGAUGCCUAUACCACUUGUAUUUCUUAUUUUGGGUGACUCAACAUUUCAAACUCAAGAUAAAGAAAUUAUUUCUACUUUAGAACAAUUUUUGAAAUCUGGAUAUCUGUCAGUGUACACAAUCAUACAUGAAAAAAAUUUAAAUGAGAAAACAAUUUUAAAUUUAACACAAAGUGCAAUUCUUUGGUUGUCCAUUAACAAAUCACCUCAGAAUCCACUAGAAAUGGAUUAUUUACAAAAUAUUUAUAAUACUUGUUUAACAGAAGACUUAUGGCUAAGAAUAUAUGAUAAUUCGUUCUUCAAUGAAAAAUUAUUACAUGCUCUGGAGAAGCCUAAAUUUAUAAUUGAUUUACAUAACGAAGCAGUUUCUCAUGUAAUAGACAUAAUCUUAGAUCCUGAAUCUUUUAUGUAUACAAAAUUUGCCCCAGAGUUUAGAAAGUUCGUUAAAAAUCACUAUAUGAUGCCAUGUAGUUAUGAACAUUUUGAUGAUGUUUGGAAAAGUGAAGAGUAUAAAGCAAAAUUAGAAAGAGUAAUGUCUAGCUUUAAGUUGCCUCAGUGGAAGUAUCCAUGGCCUAUAAAUAAUAGUAUCAUACUUCGUCAAUAUAUAACAAAUUAUUGUCAAGAAGCAUUAUUUACUUCUGGUGAUGAAAUAUCUGAUAAUAUAUUGAGUAAUCUGUUUAUUACAACUGGAAUUUCAACUGUGUCGAAUUUUAUCGAUGUAUUGUUAUAUGUUAUUAAGCAAAAAAUAUAUCUUCUUGCUAAAGAUUUGAAAGUAAUUUACAAUAAGAAUUAUUUGAAAUGUUUUCGAACUUUACCAUGGUGGUUAAAGUCUAAUCUAUUAACCGAAUAUAAAAUUGUACCAAAAAAUAUUAAUGUUCAAGAGACUGAAAAAGAAAAUAAGAAAAUAAUCGAUAUUAAUGAACCAGCGGUAAAGAAACGGAAGUUAAAUAAAUUUCAAGAAAGCAAGUAUGAACUUGAACCAUUAGCAACGUUUUGUGAAAAUAGUCGUAGUCAAGUAAUGGAAGUGCACCAUAUUUCAAAAAAAAUUGAAAAUCGUUUGAAAGAACAUCAAGAACAAAGCUACUUACUUGAAGAAAAGUUAAAGAACGCUUUGUUAAAUGAAAAGAAGUAUGUGUAAUAAGUUGUAAUGUAUAAAAAA